AUGCGUCUCAGAGAUAUGGUCUGGCGAACCAAGAAUCUCCGUGGAGUCUGCGGCUCCUGGACAAGAGCGCUGCAUCACCUGGUAUUCCGCGGCAAAGAAACAAGAGAAGGAGUAGUACUCCGACUUCGUCGCCUUCUGCUUGAUAAGGAUAUGGAGACAUUCCCGAUGCUUCGGGAUUGUAUGGUGAAAUUCUGCCACCCGCACUUGCUUAAGGACCUCUACUCUCUCCAACAAAACAUUGCGGAAUCCGCCAUCUCGUUCGAGUAUGUCUACGCCGUCGUCUGGCGGGACGACGAGUUGAUGGAUGUUAUGAGAAAUAAAACCUCCCAUCUUGGAUACGGGCCAUAUUCGAAUGAGAUUCUGGAUACAUUUGCCGAGGAAUGCUGGGCUUUAGGCAUGAAAGUUGGUGACAGUUGCGCAAGGUUCCCGAAUGGCAAGGUCGACCCUUCCCAGGUUACUAAUGAGUGGGUGCAAGCCGGUCUGGUAUCUCUGGAGAACUUCUACAUUAAAGAAUGCCUUUGUCUUUGGUAUUACAAUGCGCAUAUGUUUCGACAGAUCGUGGGUGCGUUCCCAUGUUUAGAGGUUCUGGAGUUUCCUGCCUUCCUCCACGUUCCUCUUCUAGCGAAGAUGAAGUAUUUCUUUCCGCCAUGCGAAGAUGAUUCUCCAUUCGCCUCCAUCAGUCUAAGUCCCCCACAGAUGUUACAGAUCCUAGGGAUCACGUAUAAAGAGCAGGGCCCGUCAUAUUCCGACAUUAUGGCGUCCGUGAAGAGGGUGAUAAUUCACACUUGGCAUUAUAAUCCGAUACUAUCCCUCUUCAAUGGGGGCCCAUAUGGUGUUCUGUCUGCCGAGUUACAUAUUUUCCUUUUGCUGAAUCACUGGAUGAGUGACCGAAAUCUAGAAAUUCGUCAGAAUGUCAUCAAAAGGAUAACUCAGCAGGCAAAAGCAGCAGUUCAAGAUAUCCCAGAGAAGACGAAGGCAAAGGUUUCACACUUCAAUACAGACGUGCUGAUGGAUGUGAUGGAUGAUACUGCAGGAGAUGAUUGA